AUGGUGGCCCCCGUGGUGUAUCUCGUAGCGGCAGCGCUGCUUGUCGGCCUUAUCCUCUUCCUAACUCGCAGCCGACGCUGGGCAGCAGCAGCCAGCCAAGAGCCACAACACCAUGAAGAAGAGUCAGCUGUACUAGGCCAGGAGGCUCAGCGGGGGCGCCUGGAGUCUGCGGAACAGAGAGCUGUUAGGCCCAGACGCAGGAGGGACCUGGGCAGCCGCCUGAUAGCCCAGCGUCGAGCUCAGAGGGAGACCCAGGCAGAGGUGGAUGAGAAUGAAGAGGAAGGAGUCAUCCCAGCUCAGGAGGAAGAGGGUGUUGAGAAACCCAUGGAAACUCACCUUUCAGGGAAAAUUGGAGCCAAGAAACUACGGAAGCUGGAGGAGAAACAGGCGCGAAAAGCCCAGCGCGAGGCAAAGGAGGUGGAGCGUGAGGAGCGGAAGCGCCUGGAGGCCCAGCGUGAGGCUGAGUCCAAGAAAGAAGAGGAGCGGCUGCGCCUAGAGGAGGAGCAGAAGGAAGAGGAGGAGCGGAAGGCCCGGGAGGAGCAGGCCCAGCGGGAACAUGAGGAAUACCUGAAACUGAAGGAGGCCUUUGUGGUGGAGGAGGAGGGUGUGGGUGAGACCAUGACUGACGAACAGUCCCACAGCUUCCUGUCAGAGUUCAUCAAUUACAUUAAGCAGUCCAAGGUGGUGCUCUUGGAAGACCUGGCUUCCCAGGUGGGCCUGCGGACUCAGGACACAAUUAACCGCCUCCAGGAGCUACUAGCUGAGGGGACUCUGACAGGUGUAAUUGACGACCGGGGCAAGUUCAUCUACAUAACACCGGAGGAACUGGCUGACGUGGCUAACUUCAUCCGACAGCGGGGCCGAGUGUCCAUCACGGAGCUUGCCCAGGCCAGCAACUCCCUCAUCGCCUGGGGCCAGGAGCCUCCUGCCCAGGCCCCAGCCUGA